CACCACAUUGGCCACCACAUUGAGUUCAAUGCAUCUUUGAAAAAUACUUCAAUACCUACUCUAUCUUAAGUGCUAAUAAACAGUUCAAAGCUGUCGAAGAAUCCUUACAGAAAGCACCAGAAAAGCUUUCAAGCCUGUCUUCAUUGAAGAGUUUAGACAAAUACUUGCGAUGCUCCGGGAAGCUCUCUUCAGGAAUUUUCAGCACGCCAUCACGUAAUUGAAGUCUACACUUCAUUUUACGAACUAUUGAUUUCACACUCAUUCAUUGUUUCGACUGUUUACAAGAAAAGCUUCGUUUCCCUGGGCUAUUGUUCACUGUUUAUAUAAGCGAUGAAUACAAAUUAACUUUUGGAUUAUAAAUUUGAGUGGAUUCUCGAGGCUCAAUCACUCCAGCGUUGACACGAUUACAGUAACAUUCACAACGGCAGAAUGACUCGAGUGGUAUUCUUCGUGACCAUAUUUCUACUUUUUAGCUUCGCUACUUCACUCUCAGGCGCUAAAUGGUCGGCGUUGAAAAUCCUUCAAACAGGAAGAGAGGCUUACGAGAAACUGACGGAAAGCGUGCGAGAGGGCGCCAAGUUGGGACUGACCGAGUGCAAGAAGCAGUUUAGUUACGAGAAGUGGAAUUGUAGCAUUACUUUCAGAAAUAAACGUCUCGCUGACAUGCCAAUAUUCAUUCAGUCAAGCCUUCCAUUGGCCAAUAAGGAAACAGCUUUCGUCCACAGCAUCAGUGCCGCUGGUGUGACGUACAGACUGACUCAAGAUUGCCGUCGAGGCAAGUUUGAAAACUGUGACUGUGUCCAAUCCAAGAAAAAGUCCGCGAAAGAAUGGGGAGGCUGCCAUGACAACUUCAAGUUUGGUGAUACCUUAGCUAAGCAUUUCCUUGAUGUCCUGGAAAAGAACAACAAGGCGAGAAGUGCGAUGAACAUUCAUAAUAAUGAAGUAGGACGAAAGGCGGUCAGAGCUACUUUGAUGAAAGAGUGUAAGUGCCAUGGUGUCUGUGGAAGCUGCUCAACCAAAACCUGCUGGAAGCAACUCGCUCCCUUUGAAAAAGUCGGCAACUACCUGAAAGAAAAGUACCUGAAAGCUAAAGAAGUUCGCGUGAAAAAAGAUAAACUGGUCCAGAAAAUCAAACCCAAAACUUUCCAACCAAUCGCCAAGAAAGACCGCAGCCUCGUUUUCAUUGAAUCAUCCCCAGACUACUGCCGUUACAACGCAACCGCUGGCUCACUUGGUGUCCUGGGUCGAGUAUGUUAUAGUGAUUCUCCAAACUAUGCAAAGUGUAAUAAUUUGUGCACAGCUUGUGGUUAUAAUAUCCAAAAGAAGUUACUCGUUAGAUCAGUUAAAUGUGAAUGCAAGUUCGAAUGGUGUUGUAGGGUUAAAUGUAAGACUUGUAUGCAGCUUGCUGCCAUGACAACGUGCCAUAGAUAGCGCUGGAUCAAUAGAUUUCUUAACAUAAAUUUUUUCGUAAAUAUUAUAGACUACUUAUCGUUAAGGAGUUGGUUUCUGUUCUUAAGACAUUUUUAUAUAAAUAUUUUCAUGCAAAUAAGUGUACAGUUAAUAUAGGAAAACUCCUUGUAAAUAUUCAGAAAGCUA